AUGAAGCAUUUAAUACAUGACGUAGAUGAAGACAUGAAUGAAACUACAGACAAACUUAACUCUUCUCUUAUUCUUCCUUUCAGCAAAGAUUAUGAAUUCUGUUCAAAUGGUGUGUAUUUCUAUUGUGGAAAGAUGGGUUCAGGUAAGACAUUUAAUUUAAUUCGUCAUAUACUCAUAACAGAGCGUUUAGGAAACGACUCUUACUAUGACCAAAUCAUUAUAUCAGCAACUUCAGACUCUAUGGACUCAACAGCGAAAACAUUUAUGUCAAAAGUUCAAGCCUCUGUCGUUAAAGUUCCAGACAGUGAACUCAUUGAAUUUCUUCAACGUUACAUUCGACGUAAGAGGAAAUAUUAUGCCAUCGUUGAAUUUAUACAGUCAGGAAUGCAAAAGACUUCUGAGGAGAUGGAAAGAAUUAUUGACAAACACCACUUACGUCAGUACUCAGGA